UCAACAGGACUUGUUCGUUCAAAUGGUACAAAGCUCCAGGUGGGAGAUAGGAUUGUGUGCAAUGAUCAUCGGGCUUGCAUACGAUUUAUUGGAGCAGUGCCACCAACAAAAGGUGAUUUCUUAAUGUGAACAGCAAAUGUUUUAUUGUUGCAGUAAACUACUAAAAUAUUAGAGCAUCAUUAUACUGAAUUGUUCCUAGUACAGACUGGGCCUGAUUAUAAGCCCCACCCUAACGUUUAGUACUAUCUUUAAAUUAUUUUCUUUGCUAUUUUUUAAGGAACAUCUUGACUAUAGGCCCUACUCCUUGAUUAAAUGUAAAGACUUUAAUUUGGGAGGAAAAGUGCAGCUUAUACUCGGAACAAUGCAGUAAUUUUUCUUCUGGCUUGUCGUAGCUAAAUUAUUAUAAUGUUAAUAAUAUUCAGGAAUCUGGUUUGGAGUGGAAUGGGAUGACCCUAAUAGAGGCAAACAUGAUGGAUCUUAUGAGGGAGUUACCUAUUUUCAUACCAGGUGAUUUAAAUUUACAAGUUGUGCUUUUUUUUUUUUACAGAUAUUUUGUGUACUGCUUUGUUUGCGAGAGACAGUAUUUUGAAAGUAUGAAAAGUAACCCAAAAAAAAAAAUAAUUACAUUGUCCCGAUUUUCGGAUAAAAAGCUGUCUAUUUACCUGAAUAUUUUUCUGUACAAGAAUUAUUGAUUUGUAUUGGCAAUUAAAUUUGAACAAGCUUUGUCUUUGUGUCUUAAACCUGUGUUUUUUUCCCCUGAUUUUACUUUCAAUUAAACUUAACUUAUCAGUUACGAACUGUGUCAUGUCAGUGCUAUCCUGCUGAACUGAAUACUGAUAAAUCUAGUGUGUAAAUUGAUGACAUUUAGCUGGUAAGGGAUAUGUUUAUGUUAUUGUAGUUGUGUUAAUAAAUUGAACAUAAAACUCAUUGAGAAAAGGUGGGGAGGUAUCUGUUCCUUUAGAUCAGGGGUGGGAAAACUAUGGCCUGCGAGCCGCAUGUGGCCCAGCAACUAAUAUUAUGCUGUCCUCAAAGGCAUUUAGAAAUUUUUAAAAAUUACUUUGUUUUUAAGUUUUUUUUGUUGAAUUUUACAGAAUUCCUUGUACCGUUAUGAUUGUUUUAACAUUUUUUAAGAACUUUCUUUCUAAUUUUCUUUUUUUUUAACAGUCCUUGACUUUUGUCAUGUAAAGCUAAAAUGCGAAUUUACCGAUUUUAAUAUAGAGAAAUGUUUAUCGAUAUGUAAAAAUUGGACAUAAUAAACAUGCCGUCCCCCAAUAGCUUUACAUUUGUCAAUGUGGCCCUCUCCACACAAAUUUUGCCCACCCCUGCUAUAGAUCAUUAAGCCAAUAUUUAUGGGGCAUAGAAAAUGAAGAUAAAUAUUCUCAACAUUUUCUUCAAUAAUUGUUCUAGUAAUUUUAUUUAAGUAAUUAUUUAUCCAACAGCCAUCCAAAGUCUGGUUCCUUUGUGAGGCCAAAAAAGGUAAAUGGAGGUGUAACCAUUGUGAAUGCCUUGCAUGAAAGGUAUGGCCUUAAGAAUGAUGAGGAAGCUGGAGUUCAAAAAGAGGGCCUUUUUGUUGUAGAUCAGUUUCUGAAUCAAACGAUAGUAGAAAUGAUUGGUGCCAAGAAGGUCAAUCAACAACAAAGGUAAUAAAAGGAUUUUUUUAUUAUGAAACUGUUUUAUUAAGUCACAGUUAUCAGAUGUACAGUUUUACCACUGUUUAUUUUUGUAAUUAAUAGGAAUGUAAAAUUGCUACUAUUAAACCAUUUCUGAAUUAAUGAAAAGGGAAAUUUUGAAAUGCAUGUUCCAUAGACUGGACUAAUAUUGUAAGUUUAAAAAAAAAAAAGACUUGGGCUGAUUAUAAGUACUUAAUGAUAAAUAUUGUUGAUUUUUUUUUUGUUGGAAGCUAAAUCAAAUUAAAACAGAUUAUAUGUACCUAAAUCCAGUUAAAAAUGGUAAAAAAUAAAAUGAGUAAAACAGAGUAGGGUUAAACCUGAAAAAAUAAACGCAACAAAACAGCGAACGUGUUAGCAGAAAGCCUUCGCCAGGGAACAAAACAACAGAAAAAACGGUGUAAAAAUAAGAAAUAGCACUUAGCUGGUAAGUAGUAUCUGUGGGCAGCAAUAGAAGUGUGUCACACUUUAUUAUAUUAUUUUAAAUAAACUCUUUGUUUUAUCUCUUACACUCCAAUUAAGGUUAUCUUUGAUUUCCACAGCCAGUUCAACAAGCUUAAGAAAGUCUCUGUCUUUGAAAUGAAUGUAUACAGCGGAGGUCCAGCUGGUGAGCUGGGACGCCUGUGUCCCAAUAUUAUAGAUCUGGACUUGUCUGCAAACCUUAUAUCAUCCUGGGAACAAGUUGCUGAAAUGGCUAGACAACUUCCACUACUUGUUGAGUUUAAUGUCAGGUAAGAAUUCGUUUUAACAACCGUUAAGAAUUUUGUUUUGGCAUUGGUAAAUCAGUAAUGCAGUAGCCAUUUUGUUGUGUUUCAAAAAUGUUUAUUGUCACUGUAGGCCAUAGGUCUAAUCAUAAAAGCAUGACACUUUGAAAUUCAAGUUUUGGGCCACAAUAUCUCUUUUUUGCAAUUGCUUUUAUAACAGAUCAUUUCAGCUGCCUUUAUGCCAUACCUUUUUCAAGUCUCAUUAUCAAAUCCUUUUUUUUUGGUCAAAUUUAAUAAGAGGUAAUUUUUUCUUAUUUGAUAAGAUAUAAGUGAAACAUUUUGCACUGAUCAUUUAUUUGAAUUCCUUCACAGUGAAAAUAGACUUGUUGUUCCCAAAGAUCCAAGUUCUUUAUCAUCAUGUUUUCCAAAAGUAAAAAAUGCAACAAUGAACCAAAUGAACAUUUCAUGGAAGGAAGUCCUCACCUGCUGCUCAAUGUUUCCUUCUCUUGAAAUGGUCAAUGUCUCAUUCAACAAUAUCUCCCAGCUAGCUGAUGCCUCUCAUGUGCUCAAGCGCCUGAGGACCCUCAAUUUAAUGACUAACAAGUUAUCUGAUUGGGAAGAAGUGCUAAAGCUAGGAAGUCUACCCUCGUAAGUUAGGACAUUUUUCAGCUUUUAAUGGCUCCUUAAGCAUGCACUAUUAUGGAUUUUUAAAAAUUGCUUUCAGAUUACUUAAACUCUAAAGCCUUAAAUAUAAUCUAAAGCACCCAUCCUCUUCUAUAUUUCAAAGUGUUCAAAUAUUUCUUGAUAUAAUCAGUUUAUAAUUCAAUCUGGCUUCCUGUUCAUUUUCUAAUUUUUUUUCUUAAAAAUAAAAAAGAUUUUGUUUUAAAAAAUUUGGGGGGGGGGGGGGGGGGGGAAUGGUGCCUUAUCAAUAAUUUAUUGAAGUCCUUCAUUUUAUUAUCCUACAUCUAAAUGAAUGGGAAGAGUUGUAUACAAUUUUUUUUCUCCAGGCUUGAGACACUUAUCAUCAGUGAGAACGAGAUCAAGACUAUUUACUUCCCUGACUGUUCGCCAACAGAGAAAACAUCAGUAUUUAAAAAACUAAAAUCUUUAAUUGUUAAAAGAAAUGCUAUCCUUGAGGUAGGCUUAUAGGAAUUUUUUUAUCAUAUUGCCUUGGUCUAUUUAUGCUCAAUUUCUUCAUUCAAAGCGAUAAACUUUUUCUUUUUUUCUUCCUUUUUUGUUCUUGCACGUUUUGAAAUUUUAACUUGAAAUAAAUGAAUAACUACAAGCUUUUAAAAAAUAAAAUACAGCUGGGAAAGUUCACCGAAAGGGUCAUCUUAAAUUAGAAGUGUGUUUUUCUUUAAAAAUUGCAUCUAUAUCUACUAACUAUCCUGUUAAUGUUAUUGGAAAAGUAAAAACUUGACAAAAUAAAAUUGAUUGGUAAAAAUUUCACUGGGCCUGUUCAAAUAAAAUUAAAAUUAUUAAAGAUUAAAAUAUUUUGUUGUUGACAGUGGUCUUCCAUAAAUGAACUCAACAAAUUGCAAAAGCUGGAGGAACUGCAGAUUGCAGAAAAUCCAAUUUUGAGGACUUUUAAUACUGAAACAGUGCGACAGCUGUUUAUUGCCAAAAUUGGUGGCCUCAAACUCUUCAGCAGAACACCCGUAUGUCAUGUCAUGUCAUUAACUCUUUGUGUGUGUGAUUAGUUCUUUUUAUCCAUAUUUUUAUUUUCAUUUUAAAGUUUGAAAUACUUCUUAAAGCUGCUUCGUUAUGAAACUUAAUUUUAAUCAACCUUUUAAAGGUUGCACAGCUUUUCCUCAGUAUUCCUCAGGUCGAUUUACUCAACAGAUUUCAUUUGAAGAAAGAAAGGGCUCAGAAAUCGACUACCUCAAGCGUUUUGGUACAGAGUGGAAACUGGCUGGGGGGAACUGUGACAAAUCAAAAAACAAUCCUAGCAAUGAGUUUAUUGUCAACCAUCCUAGAUAUCAAGUUAUUGCCGAUAGUAAGAAUUGGUUUUCUCUUAAUUUCACCAUAAAUUUGGGACUAUGAAAUGGGAAAUAUUGGCAAUUUUAGCUUACCAUAAGAAUACGAUUUAAUACUCUUUGAUCUUUAAAUGUAUAAAACAAACAAUUAAUUUUUGUCAACAAUUUUUUACUAUCAUAAUUUAAUUUGAUGACAUGUUAUAUAUUUUAUUGAAGUAAAUUUUUAUAGACUCUCCUACUUUUCAUGUUUAGUUUGAUUUGUAUUAUAAUAGAAUUAUGAAUUGGGGAACAAAUUAAAUGUUUGUAAAAAGCUAAUAAAGUUGUGCUUAUUUGUACAGAAUGGGGAGCCCCGGAAGACUCAGAACUAGGAGAGAAAUCUACAGCUUUAAAAGACAGUUUAUUAUGUAAGUUGGUUGCUUAAAUUCACAAGGGCACAAUGAAUAUUAUUGUAUCAUUAAAUUUACUACUUGCAUGUUUAUUUCGUAUUCAGUUUUGUGUACUCUGCAAUGAGCUUUAUGACCUUUCUACUUAAUUUGACUUUGUUUAAAAAAUAUGACUGUGUCUUCUUUUAUUUUUAGCCAUCAAGAUAUUCUGUCCAAAGCAUCCAGAGAAAGGAACGUUAGAUAAAAAACUUCCAGGUACAAAAAAAUUAUACUUUAAAUAUAUAGAGUGGAUUAUUUGCAAAAUUAAUUGCUUCAUAGUCUGUCUUUAUCUGAAUAUGGAAUAAGUUUAGUUAAAUGCUGUUGUAUUUAUGUCUUAUUUCUAAUUUCUAACAUUAAAACUAAUUUAGAAUCUUUUAGUAUCACCUAAACUCAGCUAUUAAGUAUCUUUUGAACAAAAAUAAUGAUGAUGCUGAUCAUUUGAUUAAAAUAUUUUUAAAAUCUCCUUAAAAAUGUUAUUCUAUUGAUCUGACAUUGAGAUUUUUCCUCAGGUACUAUGUCGAUUCAAAAACUAAAAACUUUGAUACAAAGAUUAUACAAGAUACACAAUGAACCAAAAUUAGCAUAUUCUAGUCAUAAGGUAUGA